CCACGGUCUAAAAUCCAAACAUAGACAAAAUCAAAACCCUCUCUCCAGCAAAACCCGCGGAAAACCUCUUUUCACUUACCCACACUCACUUUCUCUCUCCUCCGCAACAAUGUUCGGAGCAUCUUCUUCUGCGUUCGGAACUCCAUCAUCAACUCCAGCAUUCGGAACUCCAUCAUCAACUCCAGCAUUCGGAACUCCAUCAUCAUCUCCAGCAUUCGGAACUCCCUCUGUCGCACCAGCUUUCGGCGCUGCUACACCAUCUUCGACGCCUGGUUUUGGAACUCCAUCGUCGCCAUUUCCUUCAUCUUCUCUCUUUGCUACUCCUUCUCCUUUCGCUCAAAAUACUCAACAACAACAGCAGCAGAUUUCGCCGUUUCAGCAGCAAAAUGCUGGAUUCGGAUUCAAUACGACGCCGUUUUCUACUCCUCUUCAACAACAACAACAACAACAACAACCUCAGCAAAUGACGCCGUUUUCUCUUUCUGGUGUUCAGCAGCUUACUACGCAAAUGGCUCCUGUCGCUCCUUUACCUUUCUCCCUUGCCGAGCGUGAUAUUCAAGCUACUGUUGAUUCAUAUAAGGAUGAGCCAGGAAAUCCUAAAUAUGCGUUUAAGCAUUUGCUAUUUAGUGUGACGGAUCCACAAAUCAGAGUCAAGCCAGCCGGGGUUUCAGAUAUAAUGUGGGCUGAGGCAAUGAGGAAACUUGAGGGCAUGGAUAGUACAAAUCGUGAGCGCUUAUGGCCCGAGCUUGUAAAAGGCUUUAAGGAUCUCUCAAAUCGCUUGAAGCUUCAGGAUGAAGUAAUCGUUUCAGAUGCAGAGAGAUUGCGGACGACUCAAAGCAAUGCAAAAAUGCUUCAAAGGCAUUUCCAAGCUGACACUCUACCUCGCAUUGAAAGAUUGAAGCAGAAAGAGCAAGGUCUUCAACGGCGUUUGCUAAGGGUGAUGAGAAUUGUAGAAGCACUUGAGGGAAAAGGUUGCCGUUUGCCCUUAAUGAAAGGGGAAGUUGAAUUGGCUGAAAAGUUGGCUGCUGUAGUUAGACAGCUUAAAGGGUCUGGGGCAGAACUUUCAAGGAGAGUACAAAAUCUGCUGACAGUAUCUCGCGUUCAAGUGAAUGCCAAUGGUGGUAGUAUCUCUGUAUAUCUUCCAGGUUCAACGAAAAUUCAUGAGCGAAGUCUUGCCGACAUGCAAGAGGUUUUACAGCAGCAGACAGAUGCCAUAGCGAGACUUGGCAAUGUAUUGAAGAGAGAUAUUCGAGACAUGGAGAUAAUAAUGUCUGAAGAUAUUGAAAUGAUUGAAAAUGGUAGUUGAUUAAAGCAGGCCUUUCAUGAGAUAGAUAGGUUGGUUAUUGUCAUUCUAAUACUGAAGAUAUUGUAAGUUUGACAGUUAUAGUGUUAUUUUGUGUUUGUAACCA